AUGAAAGUCACUGGUCUGCUAUUCACAGCAGUUCUGCUGGGUGGGACCAACGCAGCUAAGACUAUCACCAGAACAGUCAAGGUUUACGAGACAAAGGUCGAGAAUAUCCAAUGUGGUACUAUUCCUAGCUCCAGCCUGGAUGUCUGGAGCGACGAGUCUACUUCUACCGAGCAAUUGCUCACCAGAGUUUCAGCCACUCUUCCUUCGUAUGAUCUGAACCCAGCAGAGGCUAUUUCCUAUGGCUCGUUUUCAGAGAACCCCACUGUUGCUCUGGUGACUCCAAUUACCACUGGAGGAACCACGCUGGUCUUGGUAGGAUCGGUUGAUAACUCGGGACUCAGUGCAACGAUUUCGAGCUCCAGUGAUGGUGCUAAACUGCCAACCACCCAAUCGAAUCCAAUGUACACGUCCAGCUUGCCUUCAAGUUCUUUGUCUGUGACAAUUGACAUUAACACUCUCACAGAGGAUGUUACUAUUUCCGAAAGUUCAUUUGUUGCCAGUUUUACAGAUGAUCCAGAUCCAACCAAUCUGCCUGUCUACACUCUAGACGAUGAUGAUAAUAGCAGCGACUACAGCGAUUUUGAAACUGAAACUGCCACUGGCGUUUCGUCUAUUCAGACAUAUCCAGUUUCGUCGUCUGUUGGGUCUGAUGGCUAUUAUAAUGCCUCGUCGGCCGCCUCAAGUGCUUCUUCUGUUGCCUCAAGACGUCAUGGAAAUCUCGUUACUGAGUCUUCCUCUUCCUCGGCCGUGUCAACUUCUCUUGAUGCUGCUGCCACGACGAAGACCUCUACAAUCAACCUUUUCAAUGCAGUUGCCACUACAAGUCCAGCUAAAAUGUUCAAGAGCGGCAAACUUGCGGUAUCCGUGGCCAGAGGAGUGAAGAACUACGACGUCCCUUACCAGACUAACAAGUUCUAUACAAAUCUGAUGCUUGAUGAUCAGGACGAUAGCGUGUGGACUUACCCGUACGCUUUCUUCUAUUCGAAGACUUACAAGGGUUUGGCAAUUUCCUAUAGAACAAAGUCUGAGUGGUACUUUGACUCAAGCACCACACCUCCUUCUUACUUUUAUGGUCCAAUUGAUGUUGCUUCAAUUGCUUUCUCUGCCUCGAGUUUUACAUCCUCCAAUAUCAGAAUUGGUGUGAACGAUAUGUACCAGCUCUCUGCUAAUGCCAAACUUUACGAGCACGGUAAGAGCACGGAAUACAUUGAAGUACCUUUGGUCGAAGGUAUGGGUUUUGCAACUGCAAUUUAUCACGGUAGUUUGAAGCCUGUUCUUACUACUGGGGUUUAUUUCAGCAAGCUUAUUUCUGUCACGUCCAAGUCCGUUCCCUCGGGAGUCCUGAAGUAUGAAGCCACUUUGAAUGAUAAUUCCAAAUGGCUGAUUUAUGUUACGGUUCCUGAUAAAUACAAAACAUCGUCUUUCAACUUGAAGCUCAGUGGAAAUUCCAAGAUAGUCGGAAAUAAGGCCAUCAGUGGACUUAUCAUUCAGAUUGCUGUCGAGCCUUCCAGUAAGCUACAGGUUUACUACGACGAAGCUGCUGGUAUGUACCCAGUAUCUGCUGCUGUUAGUGGAACUUUUGUGACGAGCACAGAUAUAGCUACCUGGAAAAUCACAUACACAACUAAGGGCAAAUCGUCCUCCGGAAAGACCAUGUUGUUUGCUCUCAUCCACCAUGUCAACUCCAUGGCAAGUGUUACCAAGUCUGCAGCCACUGGAAUUACUUUGUAUUCCGUGUCAAAGGGAGCACUAUACGGAUUCUUGGCCAAUGAACUCGUGAUGCAAGAAAACCUCAAGACUGUUAGCAAAAUUGGAUUUUUACCAUGGUCUUCCUCCAUGACAAAAUCUCUUUCCUACACCUCGGCCCAGCUUAAGAAAAUCGCAAAAGCUGCAAAUAGUGAACUCAGUGUCGAUAUUCCUACUGCAGCCAAUACGGACUCUACUUACUAUGCAGGAAAGAUAUUAGACAAAUAUGCGUAUAUCCUGUUGGUGUUGGAGACCAUUGUGAAGGAUAAAGCUCUCACCAAAUCAACCUUGGCAGAAAUGAAGAAGGCGUUUGCCGUCUUCACCAAGAAUAAGCAAUAUUACCCUCUGAUGUACGAAACCAAGUUUAAAGGUGUUACUUCUACAGCGUCUACCACUUCUGGCGAUUCUGGUGCCGAUUUUGGAUCUAGUUACUACAACGAUCACCAUUUCCAUUACGGCUACUUUGUGCAUGCAGCUGCUGCAGUCGGUUAUGUGGAUGCAAGAUUGGGUGGAACCUGGGCCAAAGACAACAAAGAUUGGGUCAAUGCCUUGAUCAGAGAUGUUGCAAAUCCAAGUUCGAAAGACACUUAUUUCCCUGUAUCGCGUAUGUUCGAUUGGUAUCAGGGACAUUCAUGGGCUGCUGGUCUAUUCACAAGUGGAGACGGCAGGAACGAGGAGUCAUCCUCAGAAGACUACAACUUUGCCUAUGGUAUGAAACUUUGGGGAUCUGUGACUGGAGACAAGUCCAUGGAAAACCGCGGUAAUCUAAUGCUGGCAAUAAUGAAGCGCAGUUUCAACGAAUACUUCCUCUACUGGGACAACAACAGUGUGGAGCCAAAAUCGUACAUCCCAAACAAAGUCUCGGGAAUUUUGUACGAGAACAAGAUUGCGUACUCCACGUUCUUUGGAACAAAUACCGAGUAUAUCCACGGUAUCCACAUGUUGCCAAUCACUCCAGUUUCUUCAUUGAUUAGAGGCUGGAAGUAUACCAAACAGGAGUGGAAAGAAAAGUUGGCAAGUAUAAUUAAAAAACUGACGGGGGGUUACGCAGGUAUUCUGAGAUUAAAUCAAGCUCUUUUUGACCCGUCGUCUUCCUAUAGUUUUUUCUCUUCCUCUUCUUUCAGUUCGGACGAUCUUGACGAUGGCCAGAGUUUGACUUGGGCCUUGGCUUUCAGUGCUGGUUUGAUGAACAGUACUUGA